CUCAAUUUUCAACACAACACAUUUUUUAACAACAAAAACGACGACUUCGCUCUGGAAAAACUCUCGUCCGUCGGUCGUAGCUCGUAGCUUGCAUACAGCUUGUAGCUCUUUUGCUCGUAGGGUAUAUUUAUAAACAGUCCGAAUCCGAACCCGAACCGAACUAUUCAAAUGGAAUUGUAGGGGGUUAUUUUUGGGAUACUUUGAUGGUAUGGGGAUAGAUAUGAGCUAACGAUCGUAACCAAGCGGGCCGACAUCGACAUCGAAAUCGACAUCGACAUCGGAAUCGACAUCACCACCGCUGGCACUGGUUGUUGGUUGCUUCUGUUUGCUGCCGCUACCGCUACCGCUACUGCUGCCGUUGCCACAGACGAACUCUUCAUAUACAGAGCGUCUUCAAAAAUAAAAUUGUGUUUGAGUAGUGUAUAACUGGCAUUCGUCCGAGUACUUAGUUGGUAGCGCAGCUACUCUACUUUUCACUUUUUUCGUUUUAAAUUUUUCUUUUUUUGAAAUAGACUUUUGAGAAUCAGAAUUUACACAUUUUGCGUUCUUUUUUGAGAAUAUCUGUAUUUUUAAUUUAUUUUUUGAAAUGAGUUUUCGUCUGCUAUGAUAAUAUAAAAGUGAAAAAAGAAAAUAGUGUUACAGUUGCACAUCUAUCAUCAUCAUCUUCUUCAUCAUCAUCAUUAUUAUCAUCAUCAGUAUCCGAAAAUAUCUAUCUGGCUGGCCAUUAUAGGAAUAAGAUACUUGUAUUAUAUUUGCUUAGCUUUGCAAGCGGUUGAAUAUUUAUGUACGAAUUACGAAUUGAAUCUGCAGAAAUAGUUUUCAAUGAUAUUUUACUCGUAUUCUGCAGUUGAGGUUAAAGGUUAACUUAAAAAUAUUAAUAGAACUUAAAUUUGGUUGUUGGUCGAUUGCUUUGAUAUACGACUCGACUAUUAUACUACUACGGCGGUGGCAACGACGACGGACGGUAGCGGUGUUAGAAUACAUCAGUUCGAUCACAGUCGAAGAAAAUUAUUUAUUCAAUGGAAACCAAAACUCCAACAACUAGUCAGCAUCAAAGGGCACCCAGAACUCCUGAGAGCUACUUUAAUGUACCAGAGUCAAUAGCACUCUUAAAUAUUGUCAAAUCAGAAAGAAUCCAAAGUGCCUUUCAGUCAAAUCGAAAGAAUCAUGCAAGUGUCUGGGAAAUGGUUGCAGAAAUCCUAAAUCGCUUUAGCACUCGAAAACGUUCAGCAAAACAAUGUUGCAACCGAUAUGAGAAUCUCAAAAAAAUCUAUACACAAUUGAAAAAAAAUCCAGAAAAGCAUGUGCGACGGAAUUGGCCUUAUAUGUACUUAUUUAAGGAGAUCGAAGAUCAAAGGGGUGAAACCUGGGGUUCGAAUGGUAAACGUUUACAAAUUGGAGCCAAAGAAGAACUUUCAUAUUAUCAUCGACGGAGAGCGGCGGCAUUGAAUUUACUAUUAGCUAAAGAGGCCGCGGCUGCUCAACAAAGCAAUUGCAUCGAUGAACAUACAAAUGGAAAGAUGGAACGGUAUAUGGCAAAUAGUUUUGUAGAAACUCAGCUAAAUGAUUAUGAGGAUGGAGAACGGGAGAAAAACUUCAGAACAGACUAUAGCCGUAACGGUAAUGGGGUGCAGGAUACACAGCAUGACAAGAAACCCUCGAGUUCGGAAUCCACAGCAGUGAACAUUUCCAGGCACGAACCGAUAUCAGACAACGAUUUUAACCCAGAUGACAUAACACUAGUUCCAUGUGACUAUAAUGGGAGUCAUAAUUUUUAUCCUCAUAACAUAGAUCCAACACUUUUACACCCCGAUGUCAUUGUCGAUACCGAUAACAUUUCAGAAAGUUCAAGCAGAUCUUCAAAGAGUAAACGGAAGACAUCGACAUCUACAGAUGGUGAUAGCACCAACUAUGAACUUAUUGAGUACUUAAAACGCAGAGAACGCCGUGACGAAGAAAUGUUUAAACGCAUGGAGGAACGGGAGAAAAGACUUUUAAAUCUUUUGGAACGCACAGUGAUUGCAAUUGAGUGCUUAGCUGGAACUAGAAAUAGAUUUGAGUGACUGAUUUUAAAUUUAGAACAUACAAAUACAUUAUUUACCAUUACCUUCCUAUAUAUAUAUAAAAUAAAAUAAAAUUAUUGUGCCAUAAUAAGAUGAAUCUCAACAAAAAAAAAGAAUAAGAACAAAUAUUAAGUUUUACCAAAAAAUCAAACUCAAAGUCAAUAAAUUUAAGUUUUUUUUUUAAAUUAAGAAAAUGUUUUAUUGAGGUUUGAAUGUGCCAUGUGCUUUUAACUUUAAUUCUAUAUUUUAAGAUUUGUACCUUUGUUUAUAAAAAUAAAAUAUUACGUAUUUAAGUAAAUUGGUAGGUUAAACGUCUUCCGAGUGAAGAAUGCAAAAAAUUCAAGCGAACAAUCUUAAGAGUUUUA